AUGGACGAUUCUCCCAGUAAACCUAAACCCAAGACUGGUGCCAUAUCAGACCGUGAAGGUAUAUGGGAGCUAUCCAAGGAAGCUGCCAUCGAAAGAGUGGUGGAGCUAGAGACCGAGCUUAUCGAAUUCCAAGAAUCAAGUAAGGAACUUGAACAAGCACUUGAAGAUGAAUUACAUGAAUUAGAGCUUGCCAAUGAAAAACUAGAAUUUAAAUAUGAAACUGUAGUUUCCCAAUUAAAUGUUGUCAAUGCGAAAAACGUUUCCCUCACGCAAGAAUUGACCCGUGUAACAGAGGAAAAUCGAGCUCUGAUGGAGAGAUACGAAGACACAGUUGCAGGAUUAAGACUGCAAUUAGUAUCGGUUGAAAUAGUUAAUGAUAAUAUGGAAAAUAAUGAUAGACUAUUAGAAAGUAAAUUAGAAAUUGCCAAUCAAUUCAAUAAUGAGUUGUUAGAGAAAAUCGCGAUUUUAGAAAAUGAUUAUUACAGAGAACGGAAGGAUAACAUUGAGCUGAAGUUACAUAUUAGUAAUUAUGAGAAUGAGAUAAAACAAUUGAGGGCUCGGUUGGACGGGGUAAAGGAGACCUCAGAAACUGAAAAAUAUCCCGAUUUCCAUCAUGAAGCAGAUCGUACCACUGCCACAUUUGCCGAUGAACUGUUUCUUUCAAUGAAGGAUAUUUUAAACGCUGGACCUCCAAUACUGAAGGUACUGGCCAUCCCCAAAUCAAAUUCAUUGAAAAAACUUCAUGAAUUGACGGAAAAAUCUGAAGAAUUGUCUCAAAAAGUGCAUAGUUUCAAGACGGCUUUGGUACCGGGUGGGUUGAAAUCUACAUCCACCACACAACUAUCAACCAUGUCCUUAUCAAGAAGAUCAAGUCGAGAAAGUCAAAGAAAGGAAAAGGAACAAAAGGGCCAAUUCCGGGGGAUUUCUCCGUCUCCAUCGAUCAUGAAUCUUGCCCUGAUAAGAGGAGGCUCAACCCAAACUGCAUCACAGAGUCAAGUACAAGUACCCAUUCUUGUAGGCACACAAUUACAAAGAAUUGAAGGGUCACCAGCGAAACCAUUCGAAGGGAAAGCUGCAACUACAUUAAUAGCACCCAGAAGAAAGAAGAAGGGAUCAAUUUUCAACUCUUUAAAAAGUAUGGGAAUGUCAUAA